AUGGUCCACGUAAAACCGUUUGUUCUGGACCACUGGGCACCAAAGACUUCGCUGACGGAUCGUUUGGAAUUAGUCCGCCAGUUUAAGGAUCUCGCCAAACUUGGGGCGCCCGACUCGUCUGUUCACCCCGUUGAAGCAUCAAACAGCUUAAUAUACGGCUCUGUUCUAGGAAAGCCUGAACUGCGGCAACGAAUUCUCGCACUCUACGAGGAUGCUGAGACUAAUCCCACAGAAUCCUUGUCUUUGACAGUCACGCAGGGAGCUAUUUCGGCCAACUUCUUGAUUCUUGACACCCUCAUUGGACCAGGAGAUCAUGUUGUCUGUCAAUACCCGACGUAUCAGCAGCUUUACGAUGUUCCUCGUCGUGCCGGGGCGGAAGUUUCGCUCUGGCGGACUCGUGCUGAACGCGGCUGGAUACCCGAUGUAUCUGAACUGCAGCUUUUGGUCAAAGGAAAUACAAAGAUGAUCAUUAUCAAGCAAAUUAGCAACCCGAAUAAUCCCACGGGCGCAUCCAUCCCAAGAGGAGUCCUAGAGGAGCUUGUCGCUUUUGCAUCCGAGCGAGGAAUCAUCAUCUUCAGCGAUGAAGUCUUCCGUCCGCUAUUCCACGACGAUGCAAAAGAUGCUCCUCCAUCAAUCAUCUCAUUCGCGGGGCGAUAUAAGAACAUCAUUGCCGUCUCCAGUCUCUCCAAGGCAUUUUCGCUACCCGGAAUCCGAGUUGGAUGGAUCAUCUCGCCGAAUUCAGAUCUCGUGAAUGAGGCUAUCAACGCGAGAGAUUAUACAACAAUUUCUGUCUCACAGGUUGACCAGGAUAUAGCAACAUAUGCCCUUGAUCCCGUCGUUCAAGAGAAGAUCCUCCAGCGAUCACGGUCAAUUUGUCGACAGAAUCUCGCGAGCUUGGAGACUUUCAUCGCGCGUCAUCCAGCCCAUCUCUCUUGGGUCAAACCUACCGGGGCAUCGUCGGCAUUCGUGCGUAUCCAGGAUCGUAAAACUGGGGCCCCCGCUGAUGACGCUGUAUACUGUGAGAAAGUCCUCCGCGAUACGGGCUUGCUCAUCGUGCCUGGCGGUAAGAGUUUUGGUACAGAGACGGCUGAGAAUCUGAAGGGAUACUUGCGAAUUGGAUUUGUUUGCUCGACGGGUCAAUUUGAAAAAGCUCUCGGGAUUUGGGGCGAUUAUUUAUCACAGUAG